UGCUGAGGGAGGUGCUUGGACGUUACCCGGGAAGGCGAAGAGAUCAAAUGGCGGCGGCGGCGGCGGCGGCUCCCUCUUUUCCCUCCCGCCGCGGCCCCGGCCGCCGCCACCCCCCAGAGCACUGACUCAGCGUCGGUUUCCGCGUCUCUCUGGGUCAUGCUCGGGCAUGUCGGGCCGCGGCUGGCAGAAGAACUAAGUCCGGGCUUGCCCGGGGACGGCCACGUCGCAGGUAGACACAGGCGGCGCUAUUUAAAGGCGGCCCUCGCUCGCUCUCCCUUCGUAGCAAGAGGGGCGCGGGCGGGGAGUUGUCGUCCAGUCUCUUCGCUCGCUCUGGGCCAUAUCGGGCAAACGUGCAAUACUAAGAUGGCUUCUACCACCGACCAGACUGCUGCGGGCACAUCAGGCAUCAACCGUACAGAUCAAGAAGCAUUGGUCAAACCCACACCAUUGCUGUUGCAGCUUCUAAAGUUUGCUGGUGCACAAAAAGAUACUUUUACUAUGAAGGAGGUAAUAUUCUAUAUUGGUCAAUAUAUUAUGUCUAAACAUCUAUAUGAUGAAAACCAGCAGCAUAUUGUCAACUGUGCAAAUGAUCUUCUUGGUGAUCUCUUUGGAGUACAGAGCUUUUCUGUAAAAGAACACAGGCAACUAUAUCUGAUGAUUUCCAAAAACCUGAUGACAAUUAAUCAGCAAGAGUCUAGUAAUCUUAACUCAUCUGUGAAUCAGUCCAGGUGCCAGCUAGAGAAUGGAAAUACUUUAAAGGAAUCAGUGCAAGAACCAAGUGAGGCAACAACUUCAAGGAGGAGGACACACAGUGAAACAGUAGAAAAUGGUUUGGAAGAUAUGAAUGAUGAAAGACAUAGGAAGCGGCAUAAAUCGGAUAGCAUUUCACUUACAUUUGAUGAAAGCCUGUCAUGGUGUGUAGUAAGCGGUUUAUAUUGUGAUCAAAGUAACAGCAACACUUCCACAAGCUCUCCAUCAAGCCCAGAUCAUAAUCUCAGUUCAAGUGAAAACUCUGAAUGGUUAGACCAGGAUUCAGUCUCGGAUCAAUUCAGUGUAGAGUUUGAAGUUGAAUCAAUCUGUUCAGAGGACUAUAGCCCUAAUGAAGAAGGACUUGAGCUUACAGAUGAAGAUGAUGAAAUAUAUCAAGUAACUAUAUAUCAGACUGAAGACAGUGAUAUGGAUUCGUUUGAUGGUGAUCCUGAAAUUUCACUAGCUGAUUAUUGGAAAUGCUCAAAUUGCAAUGAAAUGAACCCACCUCUUCCACGCCAUUGUCCUAGAUGCUGGGCUCUUCAGGAGGGCUGGCUCCCUGAUAAGACGGAGAAAUCUAAGAGCAGCAAAUUUGAAAAUAGCACAUCACUAGAACCUGAGGAGGGCUUUGAUGUUCCUGAUUGUAAGAAAGGGAAAAUAAAUGAGGAUAAAGAAGCAGAGGACACAGAACAAAGCUCUGAAUCUCAGGAAAGUGAGGCAAACUCUCAACCAUCUACAUCUAGCAGUAUACUUUGCAGCAGUCAAGAAGACUACAAAGAACCUGAGAAGGAAAAGACUGAAGACAAAGAAAGCAUGGAUUGCAAUCUACCUCUGUCGAGUAUAGAGCCCUGUGUGAUAUGCCAGAGUCGACCUAAAAAUGGUUGCAUAGUACAUGGAAGGACAGGACAUCUCAUGUUGUGUUUCACAUGUGCAAAAAAACUCAAAAGGCGGAACAAGCCCUGUCCUGUCUGUAGGCAGCCAAUUGAGAUGAUUGUGCGAACGUUUUUUUGCUAGUUGGAGCGGAAGGACGAUGUGAACAUUUAAAUAAAAUUGAAAAAGACUUAACACAAAGAUUGCACUGGAAUUGACCAGAAUUUUUCCAAGUUCCUCUAUGGAAUGUGUACAAUUAUCCCAAACAGUUUCUUCUAUUGAUGCAUAAGUAUCUUUUCCUUAAAGGAGUUAAUUUAG